UAUUCAUUUCCAAUUCCUUAAAUCACUCUCUCUCUUCCUCUUCCUUCUCCUAAAUCUCAGCGACCCACAAUAGACAUAGAGAAAGAAAAAAAAAUUGGUAGCAGAGCAAACAGGGCAGCUUCUCAGGCAAACCUCUCCAAGUCAUCAUCUUCAUGAUGUUGUACAUCAAUCUUCGUGGUACAUAAUCCUAACAGGUCAUUGUUGUAGUUGUAUCAACCUUUUCUAAACCCCACCCAACCCCACAAAAUUUACACUUUCUCCAAUUAUCUCUCUCUCUCUCAGAGUGGUAGUCCGAUCCGUAUUCUAUACGUAGACUGUUCUUUGUUCUCCACAUAUAAAUACUCUGAAUUUUGCUUUUUCCUCAGUAUCUCAGACAAACCCAAAUCAACUUUCUAAUUCUCCCCCCAUAAUCCAAAAAAGAGAAAAAAGAAAAAAGGAAAAAAAAAAGCGCCACUAAUAUCACAUCCUCUUCAUCUUCACCAUGAACUCCGAAGCAAGCAUCAAUGGCGGCGUUCAGAUCCACCAGAGUCGGAGACUUCCAGAUUUCUUACAGAGCGUGAACUUGAAGUACGUGAAAUUGGGAUACCAUUACUUGAUGACCCAUUUGUUGACUCUGUGUUUGGUACCUCUAAUGGCGGUCAUUGUCAUCGAAGCCUCGCAGAUGAACCCAGAAGAUGUCCACCAGCUCUGGCUCCACCUCCAAUACAAUCUGGUCAGUGUCAUAAUCUGCUCUACCAUCGUUGCUUUCGGAUCCACGGUCUACAUCAUGACCCGACCACGACCCGUUUACCUCGUGGACUAUUCCUGUUACCGUCCUCCUUCUCAUCUCCAAGUCAAAUUCCAUCAGUUCAUGGAGCAUUCCAAGCUCACCGGCGAUUUCGAUGAUUCCUCACUUGAUUUCCAACGCAAGAUCCUCGAUCGCUCUGGUCUCGGAGAAGAGACUUAUGUCCCCGAAGCUAUGCAUUACAUCCCUCCCAGGCCAUCCAUGGCGGCUGCUCGUGAAGAAGCAGAGCAGGUAAUGUUUGGUGCCUUGGAUAAUCUAUUCUCGCAUACCCAUAUCAAGCCCAAGGAUAUUGGCAUUCUCGUGGUGAAUUGCAGCUUGUUCAAUCCAACACCAUCGCUUUCGGCUAUGAUUGUGAAUAAAUAUAAAUUGAGGGGUAACAUUAGGAGCUUCAAUCUAGGUGGGAUGGGAUGUAGUGCUGGUGUGAUAGCUAUUGAUCUUGCUAAAGAUAUGUUACAAGUGCAUAGGAAUACUUAUGCUAUUGUUGUUAGCACUGAGAAUAUCACUCAGAAUUGGUACUUUGGUAACAAAAAAUCAAUGUUGAUCCCCAACUGUUUGUUCCGUCUUGGUGGUGCUGCUGUUCUGCUUUCGAACAAGCUGUCUGAUAGGCGUAGAGCUAAGUACAAGCUCGUUCAUGUUGUGAGAACUCACCGUGGCGCGGACGAUAAGGCCUUCAGGUGUGUGUAUCAGGAGCAGGAUGGUAAUGGCAAAACCGGAGUCUCUUUGUCCAAGGACCUCAUGGCCAUUGCUGGUGGUGCUCUCAAGACUAACAUCACCACAUUGGGUCCUUUAGUACUUCCAAUAAGUGAGCAGCUUCUCUUCUUCGCUACUUUGGUCGCCAAGAAGCUGUUCAAUGCCAAAGUCAAGCCUUACAUACCGGAUUUCAAGCUCGCUUUCGAGCAUUUCUGCAUCCAUGCGGGUGGAAGAGCCGUGAUUGAUGAAUUGGAGAAGAAUUUGCAGCUUCUUCCAGUUCAUGUUGAAGCAUCGAGGAUGACACUCCACAGGUUCGGUAACACUUCCUCGAGUUCGAUUUGGUACGAAUUGGCUUAUACAGAGGCAAAGGGGAGGAUGAGGAAAGGUAACCGGGUUUGGCAGAUUGCAUUUGGAAGCGGUUUUAAAUGUAACAGUUCAGUUUGGGAGGCCCUGAGGAAUGUAAAGCCAUCACCAAAUAGUCCCUGGGAAGAUUGCAUUAACAUGUAUCCGGUGGAGAUGGUUAUGUAGCUCCAAAACACACAGUUUGAUUAGAGGCUUUCGAUAUUCGAAGGAGUAUGUGAUAUAUUAACCAGUCUCAUUCUCUCUUCUCUCUCUCUCUCUCUUUUUUUUUUUUUUUUUUUUUUCACUUUUAUUGUUCUCCCUAAUUUUAUUUUGUUUUUUGGUUUAUUGCCAUGUUAUGUGUUAUUGGGUUAAAGUCAUAGUGUCUCAUAUGUACUAUGCUUCUGUAAUUUGAAUGGCGUGAUCAGUUCUUGAA